AAACUCCAGCUCAUUCGGUUUCACGUGCAGCGCCUUUCAACUGUAGGUGGAGUGACACUCGCAACAUUUUGCUAUCAUGGAGUGGAAACCGAUGGAAAUAAACCCUGAGGUGCUGAAUAAGGUCCUGAGUAAGUUGGGCGUGGGUGCAAGUUGGCGUUUUGUGGAUGUUUUGUGUCUGGAGGAUGAGUCUUUGUCAGGGGUGCCCUCGCCCUGCUGUGCCAUGAUGCUGCUCUUCCCUUUAACGCAACAGCACGAAGAAUUCCGUUCUAAACAGUCUGUUGAUGAGGGUAAAGGCGUAUAUUUCCUGACACAAACCGUGGUCAACUCCUGUGGAACUGUGGGUUUGGUACAUGCGGUGGCCAACAAUCAGGACAGUAUUGAUUUUGACAGUAACUCUGCAUUGAAGAAGUUUCUAGAAGCCACCUCCGGGAUGUCUGCUGCAGAAAGAGCCAAAGAACUUGAGAAAAAUAAGGCCAUCCAGGAAGCUCAUGAGGAGGCUGCUGAAGCUGGGCAGUGCCGGCCGGAGGCAGACAAAGUCAACUUCCAUUUUAUUACAUUUGUCAAUGUAAAGGGUCAGCUUUAUGAGCUGGAUGGCAGAAUGGAGGGACCUGUGUGUCACGGACCCACAAAAGCAGAAAGCUUUGUCAUGGAUUCGGUAAAGGUGUGUCGUGAGUUUACUGAGCGUGAGAAAGGGGAAGUGCGUUUCUCUGCUGUGGCUCUCUGCAAAGCCUGAGAGGAGCCAGAGCACAAAGCUGAACCAUGAGCAAUUCCACAACUCUUCAGUCAUUUACCAUCCAAAACACAGAAACAUUGUGCCUCCCCUUAAUAUAUGCUACACAAACUGCUUGCCUAUUUGAAACUGAAUUUCUGUCAUUUCUAAUGCCUUAGGUUUAAUUUAAUGAAAGAAGUCCUCUCAAUAUGCAACUCAUGCUGUAAACGCCAGUAUUAUGGUUUAUAUAUUAUUAUUCAAAGCUUUUGUUGAUGUAGGCCUACCUUAUUUGGUCUUUUGGGUUUGGGAGGGAGGGUAACAUUUAGCAGAACUGUGAUGUGAACUCAUUGGCUUGUAUGUGUGAGUGUGAGAAAUAAAGA